UAUAGAGGUAAACAUAUGUACAUCUUCACUCAACGAAUACCUUUUGUUGGAACUGAAAAAAAUGGCCAAGUUUUUAUGAACUAUUUUUCCUUCUUCUUUUUCCUCUACCGAGUCGUCUUCAGACCAGCUAAAACCCCCAAAGCUCUCCACAGAAACGUGAGCAAUCUUCAUGCAAACGAAGGUCAAAUGUUGUACCACAAGUACCCUUCUUUUGCUCACAUAUCGUCAAAUGUAUCAAAAGACCAAACCCUGGUGGUUUUUAGUGUCGAAGAGGCUUUGUUGAAAUCUUCAUCUCUGUUCCCUUACUUCAUGCUCGUGGCCUUCGAAGCCGGAGGGUUGUUAAGGGCUUUUCUUCUCUUUGUUUUAUAUCCAUUUCUAUGCCUUGUCAGUGAAGAAAUGGGGCUGAAUAUAAUGGUAUUCGUUUGCUUCUUUGGGAUAAAAACAAAGAGUUUCAGAGUCGGAAGUGCUGUUUUGCCCAAGUUUUUCCUGGAGGAUGUCGCGUUGGAAACACUGGAGAUGUUGAAGAAAGGAGGUAAAAAAGUGGGUUUCAGUAACAUUCCUCGAGUGAUGGUCGAGAGUUUCUUGAGGGAUUAUCUGGGGAUUGAUUGUGUCGUCGGAAGAGAGAUGAAGGUGUUCGGUGGCUACUUCUUGGGUGUCAUGGAAGAGAAGAAAAGAAGCAAAGAUGCUUUGGAGACGAUUAUCGGAAGCCUAGCAGGUCUGGGAAGUUAUCGUGAUGUUAUUGGCAUCAGUAGCUUCAAGGAAUCACUUCAAUAUCAUUUGUCUUCUCAUUGCAAUGAAAUCUACUUGGUGAGAAGAGCCGACAAAAGAAGCUGGCAACACGUACCAAGAGAGGAGUACAUGAAACCACUCAUUUUCCACGAUGGGAGACUAGCUUUCAUCCCAACACCAUUAGCCACACUCACCAUGUUCAUGUGGCUCCCCUUUGGGUUCACCCUUUCAAUCAUCCGAGCCAUUAUUGCCUUAAUUCUUCCCCAUAAACUUUCAGUCCCCAUAUUAGCCUACACCGGGUUCCAACUCUCCCUUUCUUCCGACCCGUCACUCGAAAACUUAAACAUCACUCGGAAAACCAAAGGCCGGCUUUACGUUUGCAACCAUAGAACACUCCUGGAUCCACUCUACCUUUCGUUUUCAUUACAGAAAGAUCUCGCCGCCGUCACUUACAGCUUAAGCAGGCUGUCGGAGCUCUUAGCGCCGAUAAAAACCGUGAGAUUAACCAGGGAUCGUGAUCGAGACGGUAAGAUGAUGGGAAAGCUAUUAAACCAGGGGGACCUAGUUGUUUGCCCCGAAGGAACCACGUGUAGAGAGCCUUAUCUAUUGAGGUUCAGCCCUUUGUUUACUGAGAUGAGCGAUAAUAUAGUCCCUGUUGCCAUGGACAGCCAUGUUAGCAUGUUCUAUGGCACAACAGCUGGAGGGAUGAAAUGCUUGGACCCACUUUUCUUCAUCACGAACCCACGUCCAAGCUACAAUGUACAGGUCCUCGCUGGUGUGUCGGGCGUGCAGUCUUGUGCCGAUAACAGCGAAACAUUGAGGUUCGACGUGGCUAAUCAUGUGCAGAGUGAGAUUGGGAAGGCACUGGGAUUUAGUUGCACCAGGCUUACAAGAAGAGAUAAGUACUUGAUCUUGGCAGGCAAUGAAGGAACAGUAAAUAAACACUAACUGCUAGCAUAAACAAUU